AUGAGCGUUCAACGGGCCAAACAACGACACUCCCUUGGGUUGAUAGCAGCUCUGCUCCCCUCACUUAUCCAGGCGACUCUCGGCCACGGGUCGCUAACCCAAUACUCUGCCUCGCUCCAAUUUCCCUUGGAACCACCUACGCUCGACGUAUCCUGCCCAUUGCCAGUGGAUGACAGAGUCGGAAACGGGCCAGUAGCAAGCACCUCUCUCUGGACACACCAGCCGAAGUGUGAGUUUUCAAAGGGUGCGACGAAGAAGUACUGCGCCUACACAAACUCCCAACAUGGACCUCGCGGAUGGAGCAUCGUCACCAGGCCCGAGACGGCGGCGGACAGCGCGUCAUUCCUAAACUACCCCUUGAACAUGACCUGGCCGGCCGACAACAACACUCAGGGAACGGCGGCGGCGCCAUACAAACUCGUCGAUAUUCCAGGCAGGGGGAUAGGUGUGGUCGCAACCCGGCAGAUCAAGCAGUACGAGGAGGUUAUGUUGGACUACGCCACGGUGCUCGUGGAUAUCAUGUUCACGACGGAGGUCUCGGCGUUCCUGGGGUACCGGCUCUUGCAUGCAGCCGUGGACCAGCUGGCGGAUCCGGACAGCGUGCUGGCGCUGGAGCAGAGCAAUGGGUAUGCGCGGGAUAAGGUGGAGAAUAUUUUGCGGACGAACGCGUUUAAUACACCGCUUGGGGAUGUGCCGCAUAUUGCGCUGUAUCCCUUGGUUUCGAGAAUCAACCACGGUUGUAACCCAAAUGCCUAUACUCGCUUUAGACAUGAAACCCUCCAAUUAAGCAUUGGCGCCCUUCGCGACAUCGCCGAGGGCGAGGAGAUCACUCAUAGCUACAUCCCACUCGGCCUUACCAGCGUCGAACGCGCCCAGAAACUCCGUCCCUGGGGGUUCACCUGCACCUGUUCCCUCUGCACAGCCCCCACAGAUGAGAUCGCCGCCUCUGACGCCCGCCGACGCGAAUUACAAGAACUCAACGGCGCAGCCCGGUCCGCCUUUCAAGCCGGCCGCCCAUAUGAAGCGCUGCGUCUCACGCGGCAGAUCUUGGCACGGCUGCCGCGCGAGGACUUGUUGUUUGGGCUGGGCUCGGAGCAGUAUGAGAAUUUGGCGAGGGUGUAUUACGUGCUUGGAGAGAAGGCGGAGGCUGAGAAGUAUGUGCGGAAAGCGUUGGGGAUCAGGGUGGAACAGGGUUAUGACGAGGGGCCGGUGGGGGAAAGGGAGGUGGAGGUGGUGUUGAGUCGGUUUGCGGAGGAGGAAGGUGUGAGGUAUUGA